AAUAAUAACGAAUUUAAAGAUGAAAAAAGAAAAACAUUAGAUGAAAAAAAUAAAACUACAGCAAUGUAUGUUGCAAUUACAAUUAUUAUGGUUUUAGGUGCAUCAUAUGCAGCAGUUCCAUUAUAUCGUGUAUUUUGUCGUGUUACAGGUUUUGGUGGUACAGUAAGAGAAGCUGAUGAAUUUGAUAUUGUCAGAAAAAGAGAUUUAAAUAGAACUGUUUAUCCAUUUAAAGUUACAUUCACUGCAUCAACUGCAAAUAAAAUUCCAUGGAGUUUCAAACCAACCCAAUCCACCAUCGAAUGUGUACCAGGUGAACCUGUACUCUGUUUCUAUAGAGCAACCAAUAACACUGAUACACCAAUUAUCGGCGUUGCAACCUACAACAUUACACCAAUGAAAGCAGGUAGCUACUUUACCAAAAUUCAAUGUUUUUGUUUCGAUGAACAACGUAUCAAUGCCCACGAAACUAUCGAUAUGCCAGUUUUAUUUGUAAUUGAACCAGAAAUUUUAGACGAUAAAAGUAUGAAAGGUGUUUCCGACAUUACCUUAUCCUACACCUUCUUUAAAUCAAACGAU